AGUUAAGCCUGAUUACUCGCCCCGCUACCCCGCUACCCCGCUAAGUUCAUCUAUAGCAUUCCCUAAAUCAAUUUAACAACUUUUUCACUUUUUUGACUCUCUCGACUUAUCAACCCUUUUGCUUCUUGCACAUUCAUCUAACCUCUAGCGAUCGCUUGACAUGACUUGAAAAUGCGUGGACGCGGGGGCGCCCGAGGAAGCAGAACACCUUCUGCACCAUGGUCUCGUCUCAAGCCAGUAGAUUUGGACCCGUUGGAGGCAAUGGGAUUACCUUCCAAGGGAGACAUCAGGUUGCUCGACUUCAAAGCCCAAGAACGAUACUAUACCAAAAUCGUCGAGCGUUAUAUGACCUUCUGCUCUGAUGCUGGCGAAAGAAAUGAGCUCCUUCGUCGCUUCGCCUCGCUCGACCUCACGACUACUACUAGCGACGAUACUCUUCCUACGAAAUCUGCUACCAAUACCUCUCCGACAGACUUGAACCGUCCUUCCAUGGCACCAGCUACUAUUCCGAGCAAUACCAAAGGCUUGACCGAUGUCCUAUCAGCACUUAGGAAGCUCCGAGAAGGCAUUGUAGCAUCCAAGCGUGCCGACGACUUCGCUGUCCAAGUUUACCUGUUUUGCAUUCGUCUUUCCGUCCUAGUCAAACACGCCGAAUCUUACCAUCCCGCCAUCCUCCAUCUCCUACGCCGAAUACAACCUCUCCAUAACAUGACGUCAGUUGAAAUGAGCGAAGUGGUUGGCUAUCUUGUUCUUGACACUGCGUGCCGGCGGAAUGACCUAGCUGAAUCGUUCGCGGUGCGGUACAAGUAUCAACUUAGGGACGCCAAGAUCGAUGCGGUGCUUGAUGCGCUGGCCCAUGAUAACUACAUAGAAUUCAACCGCUUGAAAAGAAGGGUCGAUGGCCACAGGGCAAAGUUGCUCGAAUUCGCCGAGGAGGGUAUGCGCAAACAUCUGCUCAAGUGCUUCGGAAGGGCGUACCUGAACGUUGAUUUGAAUUUCUUGGAGAUAAGUGCAGACUCAAAAUGGACAAGUCUCACGGAAGAGCACGGUGUUGGCUGGGAACUGGAUGGUGGUAAGGUAAUCAUCAGGAGGAUCAAGGCUCGGUCGCCUUUUGCUAGUCGCCCACGGCACGCUUGCAGCCCUGACCGUCGAUGUCGAGGACGUAGACUCGGUAAAGGCGGCGGCUGCCCUCGUGGUAGAGGAUCUGUUGACUUUCUACGGCGGUAACAAGACGGAUGGCAUACCGGGCAUCUUCUCGACUCCCCCUCCGUCCGGUGAUUAUAACCAGUGGACGGGUGCCGUUCUUUGGGAUAACUUGUUGAAA